AUGGAGAUCGUGCCUGGGUGGAGAUCACGCCAGAGAGGAGACCACGCCAAGGAGGAGACCUCGCCAAGGAGGAGACCUCGACAAGGAGGAGACCUCGCCAAGGAGGAGAUCUCGCCAAGGAGGAGACCUCGCCAAGGAGGAGAUCUCGCCAAGGAGGAGACCUCGCCAGAGAGGAGACCUCGCCAAGGAGGAGACCUCGCCAGAGAGGAGACCUCGCCAAGGAGGAGACCUCGCCAGAGAGGAGACCUCGCCAAGGAGGAGAUCUCGCCAAGGAGGAGACCUCGCCAAGGAGGAGAUCUCGCCAAGGAGGAGACCUCGCCAGAGAGGAGACCUCGCCAAGGAGGAGACCUCGCCAGAGAGGAGACCUCGCCAAGGAGGAGACCUCGCCAAGGAGGAGAUCUCGCCAAGGAGGGGACCUCGCCAGAGAGGAGACAUCGCCAGAGAGACCUCGCCAGGGAGGAGACCUCGCCAAGGAGGAGACCACACCGCGGACGAGAUCACACCGCGGACGAGACCACACCGCGGACGAGACCACACCGCGGACGAGACCACGCCAGAAUGAAGAGAGUACCAAUGAGAGGACCACAUUAG